CCGGUACGGACAUUCGGAUAGUCGGAACGGUACUUCGAACUUUCAAGCUUGAAGCCUCAAGGGGAGGCGGGAUGUCCGAUGUCUUCGUCGUAACGUCGGCACACGGUCCGAGCUGACUCAAUAGUCGGUGCACCGACAAAUUCCGCAGACUACGCUUUCACGAAAGGGUAUUUUCCCCAAGUGGCUAGAGAAUUUUUGAUUCCAAAGAGAUCCUUAUCGCUCAAGCUAAACCAGCGUUCGAGUUGGGCUCGAGAGCCUCAUGACAGAUACUAACAACUAGCGGUCGAUCGAAUUGAAUCAACCAAAAUAGGCAUUACCUCCGCCUUUGUUUGUAUCUGUCUUUUUCACAAGUCCAUUCAACUUUGCUCUCGUCGUCGUUGUAGAAAAAAAAAAGGCCCCGUUCGCUGUUCACCAUGCCUCCACCAAAAUCAAAAGGAGGCAAAAUGCUCUCCCUGAUCAACUGGCGUCUCAAGGUCACCAUCAACGACGGACGCGCUCUCACUGGCCAGAUGCUUGCAUUCGACCGACACAUGAACCUCGUUCUCGCAGAUUGCGAAGAGUUCCGUAGAGUGCGGACGAAGAAGAAAGACGCAGGCGAGGCGGGCGCUGGCCAGGAGCAAGAGAUCAAGCGCACGCUUGGACUCGUCAUUCUUCGUGGCGAGACAGUUGUCAGCAUCAGCGUAGAGGGACCGCCGCCCGUCGUCGACGAGGAUAAGAAGAAUGCUGUCGCGGUAUGCCGGCAGGUCGUGGUAUGGGUAUGAUGCCCCCGAUUGGCCAGCCGCCUAUGCGUCCACCAAUGGGCUUCCCUCCUGGCGGUAUGCCAGGCCCUCCGCCUGGAUUCCGACCGCCUGGCUUCCCUCCUGGUAUGCCUUUCCCACCUCCUGGGUUUGCCGGUGCCCCACCUCCUGGCUUCCAACCUCCCCAGUAGUCCUCGUUGUAUAGUCUCGCUUGCAUCUGUUUUUUGUCUUCAAUGUAAUCUCAAUACUCGGUGCUUCAUGCAAAAGAACACGUUCAUGUUUUUUCCUUCACGUGGUCGUCAACUUCCUUUUUCUUCGUCUCCGGCCUCUGCGCCCCUUCCCAAAAUUGUUGGCGUCCAGAUCGUGACUGGC